CCCCUUUCCUCUGCCAAACCUGCCCCAUAUUCAGAGGUGGAGCUGAGCUGGAGUCUGCUCCACAGCCCUCCUGUGCCAUCGGCAGGGAGUAGGGAUGGGAUACCUGAGCCCUGGCUAUGCCGUCCGGUCCCUGGGCUGGCAGAUGUCGCCUCCAGGAAGGUGUUUGUCCUACGGCAGGAUUGUGGGGGAUAUGGGGGUUUAGGAUGUGUCCCUGGUCCCUAGAGCAUCACCUGAACAGCUCGUUCCCCCCAGGCAGGGGCCGGAGAAAGGACUCUGCUGCCCGCCAGUGCCGCUCAGGGAGCCAGGGCAGACGGUGCCUCUCCCCAUGGCAGCCAGGCCCCCACGUAACGCCAGCCAAACUGGACACCCCGGUCCCACGAGAGACCCUCCCCAGCCAGAGCCCACCCGCCUGCCAGCUCCAGCCCAGCCCGGACUCACCUGUCACUGCCUGUCCCCACAGCAGCCCCGUGUCCCCCCGGUCAAACACGGGCACACGCCGCGAUGCCGCGACCAUCACCGAGCUGUGCAGCGAGGAUGUCCCCGAGGUGGAGAUCAUCAGCCUGCUGGGCGAGCAGCUGCCCCGCUACACGCUGCGGGCUGACACCGUGUUCGGCUACGACCACGGCGACUGGCUGCGAGCCCCCAGCGGCCCCCCGCAGCCCGUAGCCCCCCUCACCCCCCAGCAGAUAGAGGAGACCCUGCAGUAUUUCCUCCUGUGUGCUGAGCGGGUGGUCAGGAUCACGAAGACCUACCACGAUAUUGACGCUGUCACCAACCUGCUGGAUGAGAAAGAGAGGGACCUGGAGUUAGCAGCACGCAUUGGGCAGUCCCUGUUGAAGCAGAACCGGAGCCUGACUGAGCGCAAUGAGCUCCUGGAGGAGCAGCUGGAAUUGGCCAAAGAGGAGAUCGCGCAGCUGCGCCACGAGGUCUCCAUGCGGGAUGACCUUCUCCACUUCUACACCACCACAACGGAGGAGAGCGAGCCCACCACCACCCCCUCCACACCGCUGCGCAGGCACGAGUCCUCGCUGUCCUUGCAGCAGUACUUCCAGUACGACACCUUGCAGCAGAAACUCAAGUGCUUGGAGGAGGAGAACCAGAAGCUCCGGAUGGAGGCCACCAACAUCGCCACUGAGACCUGUCAGUACGAGGACCAGGAGCAGCAGCUGAUGAUCGACUGCGUGGAGCAGUUUUCCGAAGCCAGCCAGCAGGUCGUUCAUCUGUCGGAGGAGCUGGCGCGCAGGGCGGAGGACGCGGCACGGCAGCAGGAGGAGAUCAGCCAGCUCCUGGCACAGGUCGCGGACCUGCAGCAGAAAUGUCGCACGUACGGCUCCGAGGUGGAGGAGCUCCAGCAGCACCUGACCGCGGCCAAGGAGGUGCAGCAGCAGCUCCGGAUGGAGCUGCGGGAUCUGCAGGAGAAGUACGCGGAGUGCGGCGGGAUGCUGCAGGAGGCUCAGGAAGAGGUGAAGAGCCUGCGGAGCCGCAGCCUGCCCAACAGCACCGUGAGCCGCUACAGCUCAGCCAGCCUCCUGCCCGUGGACUCGCUGGCGGCUGAGAUCAAGGGGAUGAUGAGGAAGAGGACAGACAGCUGCUCCUCAGACUACAAGAGCUACCAGCGCGUCUUCGAGACGGUGAAGGCCGUGAACCAGGCAGCCAAAGCCAAAUCUUGCUCUGAGUCUCCCCACCAUGUUCCAGGCUCCAAGCAGUUGUCUGCUGCCCAUUCUGGGGGGGCCAGCACCCCCCACACCAGCUGUGCCGGCUCGGAGGAUGCCCAGGCCGAGGGGGCCGGCGAGGAGUCCCGGGCAGCCCCGGGCCGGCAGGACCUGGAGGCGGCCGUGCAGAGGCUGUCGCUGCGGCAGCAGAGCCACGUCUCCGAGGAGCGAUCCUUCUUCGAGGCCGAACGGGAACGCAAACUCUGGCGGCUGAGAGAUGGGGCGAGCUCCAGUGGCUUCCUCACCCCCGAGGGCAGCGUCGUCUCUACUGGGACCAACUACUCGGGGGGCUCGGACCUCACCGCCGGCUCCAGCUUCUCCCUCGGCUCCCUCACCUACUUACCCGACAAACUGCAGAUCGUGAAGCCGCUGGAAGGCUCUGUGACACUCCACCACUGGCAGCAGCUGGCACAGCCCAACCUGGGUGGGAUCCUGGUGCCCCGUCCCGGGGUGCUCACCAAAGACUUCAGGCAGCUGGACACAGACCUGGAGGAGGUGUACAGUCUCAAUGACCUGGAGGAGGAUGAUGUGGACACCAGCUCCUUCCAGCUGCUCCCUACCUCAACACCCGCCAAAGCCAAGGAGCGCCCCAGGGUGUUCCUCUCUGUUAACAACCUCCCCCAGACCCAGUCUACCUUCACCAUCACCACCUGCCACAUCCUCCACCCCACCACUGCGAUCACCACGGUGACACCCAGUCUGUAUCAUGCCGUCGUGCCUUCUUGUGGGCCCUUUGAGGGGCUGAGCCUCAGCAGCCCCUCACCAGAGCAGACUCCCCCCACACUGGCGCUUGGUCCUGGACCCCCGAGCACCCCCAUGGGACUCUUCAGGCUCUUGCUGGGGCGAGAUUCCCGCUUGGCACCAGGGACUGGAUCACGGUGGGCCCCCUCACUCCACUGCCAGGACCCUCAGCAUUCUGAGUCACAGCCCCCCCGAGUGCCCAGGGGCCAGGACGGACCCCGACCCAGGAGCAGCAUCUUCAGCUGGAACCUGAUGGAGAAGUUGCAGCGCCUUGGGCUGGACAAGGUGGUGGCCAGAGGGGAGAUGUCCUGUGCCCGGCCAGGGCCCAGAGGGGCCUGGGGCACCCAGAAGUGACGCUGCUGCAGAGCCCCCAGGCUCAGAGUGAGACACAUCCUCUUCCUCACCCAUCCAUGGGGAAAUGGAGACAGGACAAGCUUCAGCCUCAGCUCCCGGCGCUGCCCCAGGUCCAGCAGUGCUCCUGGCACCAGCCUGGGGAGCUUUGCCUCGGCUGCAAGGACAGAACCCGGCACAGCUCCCCACCUGUGGGGGGUACAGGGGGUGCUGGUGACCCUGCCCCUGCUGGAGGAGUAUGGACCCUUCACAGGAGCCAGUUUCUGGCAAUAAAAACUGUUCCUGCUUCUGCUGAGCCUGUCUGUGGAGCGAGGGGCAGCGUGGCCCGUUUGGGGCUGUCCAGAUGCUGCAGAGAAGGGCGAUGCUCAGUCUGGGCUCGGGUGUGUCCUGGGGCAACCUACUGGGGCUGGGGGAAGACCCCUGAACCCUGGGCUGGGCCCCUGGCCAGCACCUGGACUGGACUGGCUUUCAAAGGGAAUGGUGGUUUAACUCUUUCCUGCCCACUGAAUAGCAAUAGUAGCAGCACCCACAGCUUGGGAUGUUUCUGGGGGUGCAUCUGUUGCUCCUCCCAGCUGUGUCCCUCUCUCCAAGCUGUGCCCCAUCCCCUGGCAAAUAAAUGUGAAUUCACAG